CUUUCAGUCAUCCCGUGGCGCGCGCUAGUCGACAACCACGCGCUCGAAAAUCGGUUGCGCGCACCUAUCGAAACGCAAUCGAAUCGAAAUCGUCGCUUCCGAAUACGCUCGUUCGUCAUUAACCGUCGAUGAAAAAAGUAUAACGCGAGCAAUCCAGUUACGUGCACAUAAUAUAGGAGGACACGAUGCGUGGAAGUCGUCGAACUAUUCUACUUCUAUGCGUCGCGAGCAAUUGUUUGGUGACGAUUCUAUGUUCGCCAACGACGAGGAUGACGAAGUUAGGGGACGCAUGUAACAGAGACGAGGACUGCGAUGCGAGCAUCGUUGGUGGUCAAUGUCGUCUCGGCUAUUGCAGCUGCCCGCCAUACUUUGCCAAGUAUAAUUCGACGCGCUGCGUCGAGGCUACGUUGCUAGGCCAAGAGUGUUUCGUCGAGGAGCAAUGCUCAUUGAAAGUAGCCAACAGCGGAUGUUUCGACGGUUUCUGCGGGUGCAAAGACGGAUUUCUUCAGUUUCGUCGGCAUACGUGCCUAGGGCCGGCAAAAUUAGGCGAAGUCUGUUACGAGCACGCCCAUUGCAGACUCUGGCAGAAGAAUUCUCAUUGCGACUUUUUGAUUCCUGAUUUGUUUGGCCGGUGUCAGUGCACCGCGCCGAUGCGCCGCGAGAACGACAUCUGCCGUUUGGAUGAUCUCGUUAGACCUCCGCCCCUCUUCGAUCCGAAUAUGGAUGUCUCGAGUUCGACGGAAACGGCAUCGGUAAUGGACGAAAUUGACGAAAUCGAUGACGACGACGAUCAUGUGUCAACACCCGAGGAUCAACAAGAGGAUACAGGCGUUGAAAUUUCUUGGUUGAAAAAUGACACGAUUCCCGCGACGACGCACGCUCCACCUAUCCUGAUUCCAGUGAACCUGGUCACCGGGCCCGGCAUGGACGACUCAACGAGUAAUCCAUCGAUACCGAUCGAGAACGCUGACGAUGACGAUUCUAUCGUUGUCGACGCAAUUACGGACUUCCCAAUACCGCUGAGCACGGUUUCCGAUUCCACAUUAGGUCCUUUAAAAACAGAUCGACACGAGCCAAACGCGGCAGUGGCCGUCAGUUUGGGACUUGACUGCGCCUCUGAUCUAGAAUGCAGAAUGGCGGAUCCGUACUCCAGGUGCAUAGAUGGUAUCUGCGACUGUGGCUUUCAAGGAAACGCUAGUUGCAGCGCGCGACGCAGAGGGUGCGCUGCCGGUACCUUUCAGUGCAAAAACUCCGGAGUCUGCAUCAGCUGGUUCUUCGUCUGCGACGGCCGAGCAGAUUGCACCGACGGAUCUGACGAAAGGUGCACCGAGCUUGAUCCAGAAUGCCCAAAGGAGGCGUUCCGUUGCGAGAAGAGCAGAAUAUGCGUGUCGAGGGCGGCGCUGUGCGACGGAAGUCGCGAUUGUCCUCAUGGCGAGGAUGAGAUAGGCUGCAAUAACAGGCGGAAGUGUCCUGAAGGUGCGUUUAGAUGCAACAACGGUCAGUGUCUACCAGCGUACGAAUUUUGUAACGCAGUUGUGUCCUGUCGAGACGGAAGCGACGAACCGAGGGGCGCGUGUCGGACACGAAAUCGAGGAAGAAUUUCUGCGCGGCAGUGUCCGUUUAGGUGCGACAACGGCAGAUGUCGCUCGGACGCUAUUGCUUGCAGUGGUCGCGAUGGCUGUGGGGAUGGUUCCGACGAGAAGCACUGUUCUGUCUGCAAAUGUUCGGCGUUUCCUUAACCCACACUGGGAAUGACUAUCGGAAAAAGGAAUCGUCCCGCCGACGCGUUUAUUCGUGCUCGUCCACAGAGUCCGGAACAGAGGAUUCGGAAACAAUGGGACGUCGACGGCUGUACCACCUUGAACAGUGCAUCAACCAAAGACGCUUCGAGGACAAGGAUCAACGUCGAGAUGGAUUUGUCUCGGAAGCAGCCAACGAUUUGCUCGCUACCGUUGCGUUCUCUUCUCCGUUGUUCCCAUCGAUGCAUUUUUACAAUAAAAACCUUUAAACUGACCCAAACAGUCCUGACCCUUUUUCUGCUAAAAAACUUCAAAAUUUAUAAACGACGAUUCCUCUUUAAACUGGGAAACCACAUUAGAAGGCCAAAUAAUAAGAGUUUUUACGGAUUUUUUUCACAUAGAAAAAUUUUCUUAAUUUUUGUUCAACUUUCGGUAUAUUUUAGGUAUGUUUUAAAGUACAUUGUGUAAUUGUUGCAAUUCAUUUCAUACAGAAACCUUUGAGAUAUCAGGCGUUCUCUAUAGCAAGGUAGGAAUUCUGGACAUCACCAUUUUUAUUCGAAAUCAAUUCUUUUUAUUAUUAACGUGUUUUUAAAGAAUAUGACUAUACUGUGGUCAAAAAAAGUAAAAAAUUGGAUUUUUAAGAGUGCUCAAAGAAAAAGUAUUAAUUUUCACAGGAUCUUUGUGCAGCUUCUUGCAGUGCAAAACCAUAUUUUAAACAAUACUUCAUUUUUUUUAGUUCAUAUUCAAGACAUUAAAAUAAAGUAAACGUAUAUAAAGUUAGAAAACAAUCAGAUUAAUUUUCAAUUAGUUUUCGAGUUAUUAUUCCCACGGAUUGCAAAAUGUCGUCUAAAAAAAUACGCGAUAUUUAAAAAUUUCUAUAUGAAAUGAAUUAAAAAACUAACCAAAUGUAUUUUAAAACAAACCUAAAAUAUUAUCAAAGUUAAAAGAACAUUACAUUAAUAUUUCUCUAUAAAAAAAAUAUCCCAAGAAGCACUGAAUACUUCGAUUCCUAAUGUGGUUUCCUCGCUUAAAUAAAAAAUGAAUGCAAUUUGACGAGCGUGAAAUUCAAUGAAUGAAAAUGUAGUAACUAAUAGAAAUAAGUAGACAGUGUUGACACAAAGAAGAUAAACUGAAUAAAGUAAAUGUUUUCAUAAAAAGAAAAAGUUUCUGUGCUUUAUAGAAUUUUUAAAGUAAUCGAGUGAUGAAAUAUUAGGUGGACUGGAAAAUAAUGUCGUUUCUUUUACAUUAAAUUCAAACAAAUUUUUUAUAAAUUUCUAUUUUUAAUUAUUAAUUGUAUAAUCGCUCCCGUUAUCAAUAGCCUUUUGCCAUCUAAUGUGCAAAUUGUCAAUGCCAGAUCGAUAAAAACCAAUAAGCUGAUGAACGAUAAACAAGUAUUUAAAAUUGCAAAAACGACAUUAUUUUUCGGUUCACCUAAUAUUUAUUAGUUGGCAAUCUGGUUCGAGAGGAAAAUGGAUGAGAAUGUUAUGUGAUGAAUACGAAUUACAGAAAUAUUCACGACUUACAGAAAUUAUACUUAACAAGAAGGGAACCAUUUAAUUUAAUUGAAUAUCUUCAAUUUUUAUGUAUAUAUUUCUAAGUUAACAAUUUUUAUUUAAUUAAAAUGGCUUUCCUUUAUCGUUAAUUUAUACUUUAUGUAUGACGUUCGCUGAAGCAAUGCAGAAAAGUAAAUAUCAAGCAAACUAGAACUCGCAAGGGUCUCUCCGUGAUUUAUUUAAUACCAUUCAUUAAUGAAGUAUGCAGUUUGUUAUAUGGAACUGAAUUAGUAAAGACUGGUUACGUACUAGGAGCAUACAAGUUUCGUCGUGUUCAGCUCAAUCAACUGACCUGAAUCCCGUCCAACAUGUAUUGGAUGAAGUAGGAAAUUGUGUUACUAACUCAAUACUUAGCAACGAAAACCAGUUGUUACGCUCGUAAAAGAUGAAUGGACAAAAAUUCCGGAUCAAUACGUUAACCGUCUUAAGGGGGAUAACCAGGGUGCUUAGUACGAAAAUAAGAUCAUGCCUGCUGUUGUGUAUGCGUUUUUCACUUCAGUCAAUUUAAGAUAGUUAAACUCCCCAUGUCGAUGUUAAUUGGUAUUAAGUGGACUAUAAAUAUAUGAGAAGUAAAGGAGUAAAUCAAAAUUGUCUUUAUUCUAU